AUGGCUGAGACAAGCGAACCUCUCUCCCCUCACACCAAAGCCAACGCAGAUGUCGCGGCAGAAGUAGCGAACACUGCAGAAAAGCUCGAUGCCCCUACCGAAAACACUUCCACCGAAACUGGCACUGGAGAGAACCCUACUUCUGGCGCAGAUUCAGAAGCUCGCAAGGACAGCGUCCCUCAAAUCGACUUGACCAAAGACACACCUGCAGCCCCAACAAGUGCCGAUCUAGGGACCAAACGCAGCCAUGAUGAGUUGUCUUUGGGCGCAACAGGACUUGCCCACCCACUAGCCGAUCCUCUUGACGAUUACACCGUUGUCACUGAUAGCUGUCAAGUCGUGCGCAACAAGAUCAACCGCUUGAUUGAGUCUGGCGAGAUGAAAGUUGGAGAGUUUUGUAGUGCUAUUAAUGGAGAUGAAUGUGCUGCUUAUCCUGCUGCUUAUGCGUUCUUCAAGGAAAGAGAGGAUGCUGGGAUUAAGAUUCCGACUAAGAAGAAGCAGAAGACUAAGGAUGAUGAUAAGGAUGGCAAGGGCGGCAAGGCCCAGGAUGACAAGCUUGAUUUGAGCGAUAUUCAUCUCGNNAUGGUAAGAAAACGAUGGCUUGAGCUCUUAAAGCAAGGACUCGCUAAUGAAGACUGUAAAGGCGAGGACACAGAUUCAGUCCCCGUAUACGACACUUGCGACGACAUUCGCCGUCAAAUCACAGCAUACCUCAAGAAACCUGGUGUCACACAAGCACAAUUCGGCCGCGAUCUGCUCGCACAGUACCACACCGACAAAGGACCAAAAGGCAUCAGUGCUUCUCAAAUGCAGUCCUUCAGAGGCAAGAAAGGGCCCGAUGCCGGCAACACCAGCUCAGUGUUCUACUCAGCCUAUGUCUUCUUCGAGAAGAUGCGGAUCAAGCAGAACAAGCCCAAGAGCCAGAAGAGAAAGGAGAUGGAAGAGGUUUGGGGUCCCGAUGGCUUCGACAUCGAAAAUGCAAACAAAGGAAUCACUUGCAUCCAAGGCUCGAGUGUCUGGAAAGACAAGUAUAGCCAGUUCAAGGUCAUGUCGCCAGACGGCAGAAUGGUCGUCUAA